AUGUCCCAUCAGGAGCUCACCCAGCGGCUGGCCACAGUGAUCACUCAUGUCGAUGAAAUCAUGCAGCAGGAAAUCCGGCCCCUGGCGGCGGUGGAUAUCAUAGAACAACUCCACAGACAAUUUGCCAUCCUAUCAGGAGGCCGUGGGAAAGAUGGCGCCCCAAUCAUAACCUUCCCUGAGUUUGCAGGCUUCAGUGAAAUCCCUGAUGAAGAUUUCCUGAAUGUUGUGACUUACUUGACCAGCAUCCCCAGUCUGGAGGCUGCCAGCAUCGGGUUCAUCAUUGUUAUCGACAGAAGGAGAGACAAAUGGAGCUCCGUAAAGGCAUCCUUGACCCGAAUUGCAGGAGCAUUUCCGGGAAACCUGCAGCUUGUCUUUGUCCUUCGGCCAUCCCGCUUUAUCCAAAGGACCAUCGCUGACAUUGGCAUUAAACUCUAUAGAGAUGACUUUAAAAUGAAGAUCAUCAUGCUGAACUCUGUUUCUGAUCUCCACGGCUACAUUGACAAGAGCCAGCUGACCAGGGAGCUGGGCGGGACUCUAGAAUAUGGCCACGGACAGUGGCUACACCAUCGAACGGCCAUAGAAAACUUUGCUCUGACGGUGAAAACCACAGCCCAGAUGUUACAGACCUUCGGGACGGACCUGGCAGAGACAGAGCUGCCCAAUGAUGUCCAGUGUACAGAGCAGCUUCUCCACUCCCACACAGAGCAGCACAGCAAGCUGAAGGCUGAGCUGAAGCUAGCGGGGACCCAGGGGGGCAUGUUACUGUCAUGCAUCGGAGAGCCAGCUAACAAGAACCCCGCUAUCAAACUCAACCCUGAUGAACUGGAAAACGUCAUGACCGUGGAAAGGUUACUUGCUCAGCUGGAUGAGACAGAAAAGGCCUUUGACCAGUUCUGGACCAAGCAUUAUCUGAAGUUAAACCAAUGCCUGCAGCUGCGGCACUUUGAGCACAAUUUCCGAGAGGUUAAAUUGGCCCUGGACAGCCUCAUGUGUGUACAGGCAAAAAUCACAAUCGUCGGGAAUAGCGUGACACGUGUGGAGCAGCUGCUGAGGGAGCGGAAACAGCUGGAGGAGAGAGGCCAGGAGCCCCUGGAGAAGGCCCAGUCCCUGGCAGUGACCGGUGACCAGCUUAUCCAAAGCAACCACUAUGCUGUGGACUCUAUCCGGCCCAAGUGUGUGGAGCUCCGGCGCAUCUGUGAUGACUUCACCAACGAGGCCAAGAAGAAGUGCGACAUUUUGGGGAAGGCCCUGGAAAUGCAUAGGCAGCUAGAUGCGACCAGUCAGUGGUGUGAAGCUGGCAUCUACCUUUUAGCAUCCCAAGCCUUGGAUAAGUGCCAGACACAGGAGGGUGCUGAGACAGCCCUGGGGGACAUCGAAAAGUUCCUGGGCACAGCCAAGGACUACCAGCUGGUCAACCCCAAGGAAUUCUACAACCAGUUCAACAUAGUUCUCACCCCUGAAAUAAAGGAAAAUGCAGACAGGAUCGUUCAGAAGCUGGAAGACGUGCAAGAAAUGUUCGAGAGGAGACAAGUGAGCCUGAAGAAGCUGGCAGCCAAACAGACCCGGCCGGUGCAGCCUGUGGCCCCCCACCCAGAGUCUUCCCCGAAGCGGGCCUCCCCCAAAACCAGCCGGCCCACCACCCUCGCUCCCAGUAGGAGAAUAACUGAAGUUCCCUGUCCUCCCAAGACAGUCAAUGAAGCAGAGUUGUUGAAAAAGAAAAGCAUCAAGAAACCCAAAGGUGGGAUUAAGAUCGAAGUGAUGCACGAAGCCAGUCAAGGUGGGUCCAGCAGAAUACUGGUGAUGAGUGAAAGUGAAGAGAACCUCUGCACCAGGAGGAGCCACAUCAUGCACGAGCUGAUUGAAACAGAACGAGUUUAUGUUGAGGAGCUUCAAAGUAUAAUUGAGGGUUACGCGGCAGAAAUGGACAAUCCAGACUUAAAUCACCUGAUCCCGGUUGCACUUCAGAACAAAAAGGAAAUUCUCUUUGGAAACCUCCAUGAAAUCCAUGAAUUCCAUAACAGAAUUUUUCUUAAAGAACUGGAAAACUGUGUUGAAAAUCCUGAAUUUCUCGGCCGGUGCUUUCUAAAAAGGAAAGAGGAUCUUCAGGUCUAUGAAAAAUACUGUCAAAAUAAGCCACGGUCUGAAACACUGUGGAGACAAUGUGGAGACAGCAUCUUCUUUCAGGAAUGUCAGCGCAAGUUGGACCACAAACUCUCCCUGGAUGCUUACCUCUUAAAACCGGUCCAGAGAAUCACAAAGUACCAGCUGCUUUUAAAGGAGAUGCUGAAGUGUAGCAAGAAUUCAGAAGACACAGCAGAGCUGGAAGAAGCCCUGGCCACUGUCCUGGAUAUCAUUAAAUCAGUCAAUGACUCCAUGCAUCAGAUUGCAAUCACUGGCUAUGAGGGAGACCUUCACGAGCUGGGCAAGCUGCUGAUGCAGGGCUCCUUCAGCGUCUGGACCGACCACAAGAAGGGCCACAACAAGGUCAAGGAUUUGGCCAGGUUCAAACCCAUGCAGCGUCACCUCUUCCUCUACGCCAAGCUCCUGCUCUUCUGCAAGAAGCGAGAGGACAGUGCAGACGGGCACGAGAAGUCUCCCUCGUACAGCUUUAAAAAUUCUCUCAAGAUGGGCAUGGUUGGCAUCACAGAAAAUGUGAAAGGAGACAACAAGAAGUUUGAGAUUUGGUACAAUGGUCGGGAAGAAGUGUACAUCAUUCAGGCAUCUUCAGUAGAAUUGAAAAACCUCUGGGUUUCUGAGAUCCGGAAAGUCUUGACGGGACAACUGGAAGCUUGCAGAGAAGCAAGUCAACUACACCAAAGAAUCACAGAAAGCGUCUACCAUGCACCUAUGGACACUUCCAGCUCCUCCAGGUACAGCAGAAAAUCAGCAAGUAUUUAUGAAACCAAGCCUGAGUCAUCGGGACUAGAAACUUCUACCAACAGGAACCAAAAUCCCAGUCCCAACAGUACCAGGCAAAAACGAGAUCCUGAAGCUAAGGAGAAGGAUGUCACCAGGCGCUUUUCCCUUGCCUCCUCCCUUGGCACCACAGCUCCCACCCCCACUGGCCUCAGCAAAGGUCCUCUAGGUCCUGCAGUUAAAGUCAAGAGACAUGAAAUAAAGAGUGACCCAACACCACUUGGGUUUGAAGAUGCUUUUGAGAAUUCCAUCCUGGCCCAGGGCAAAUGCAGUGGCAGGCCCACCACAAGAACGGUACCCAGAUCUGCCUCCCAGACAGGCUGGCCCAGCAGGCAGCUUCCUUCUCUGGAUACUUUUGAGGAUUUUGAAGUCAUUCCCUCCAGUACAGAUGAACUCUCCAACUCUUCAGACAUGGAAGAAGACAUCAGCACCCAUAAUGUGUCCGGCCUUUUCCGAGUAGAGGGCAGUUAUGAAACCUGCUCCCCAGAUUCUCUCACCCUGGAGGAUGGUGACUUGGUGCAGUUUGUACAGGAGGGAGAAAAUGGACAAUGGUUAGUAAAGAAAUUGCUUUCCGAGAAAAGUGACUGGGUACCCUCCAGUCUUCUUCAUCCUGCAGUUGUAGAUGGUGACCAGAUUCAUAAAAAUAAUAACAUAGAAACUUAUCCCAAUUCCCAUGACCCAGGGAUAACAGACUCAGAAAGGAAGGAGACCAAUCUUGUGCAAAGACUGUCGGCUGCCCAGAAGGCUGAGAGCUGAGCCUGCCUGCCCCUUGGCCUGCUCAGGCUGCCUCCUCCAUCCAUCUCUUACCUUUGGUUUUACUUUGGACAUUUUACUCCCCUCCCCUCACCCCACUCCCAUCCCUUUUCCCUGGACACUGAGUCUGCCUGGACUUCUGGGAAACUCCAGAUUCCCAGAUUGACUGGAAUCACUCCAUCUGGUCAGGAUUCAAAACAACAACAAAGGCCUCCCAGUUAUUAGUGGAACCAUUCAAGGAUAUUGGCCUGAAUUUGGCCUGUCACUAGUGACAUGGUAGCCAGGGCCUGGCUGUUUGGUGAAACCUCUGGGAUCAAAUCAAUGGGGGCUGAUCAUUGCCCUUGGGAACACCCCUUCUCCUCACCCCAAGUAUCAAUGAUGUCCCAUCCUCUGUUAUGAUUUCUCACCAAAGGUGUUCCUGAGAAGGAGGACAGGGCUGCAUGGGAUAGGGCCUGCUCUGGGAAGGUGAGCCAGGCGCAGGUGUUGACGGAGGGAGAGAGAACAGAGUACUACUCGCUGUUGGGAUCACCUGCCCAGUGAGGCUGGUUGCCCUCCAGCUCACUGCGGGGGGGAAAGGAGAGGUGAUUUGGACAGCAACUGGACCUUUCAUUACCCUGGCACCAAAGCUCUUCCAGGAUGACCAUUAGCAAUGAGGCCAAUGACCCUGCUCAUACUUGAGGCUAGACCAGGUUUACCCUGGGGGCCUUUCAGUGUUUCCCCUUAGGAGAGGCUGACCGCUAGUCAUUGUACUCGUCACUACCACCCAGCAAUGUCAGGGCAUAGUCUACCCUUGCACCCACUCACCUGUUACUGAAGAGUGGGGGAAUGAAGAGGGGGGAAGCUCAUCCGAUAGGAAGGCAUCCCAUCCUCAUUCUUGUGCCCUGUGUCUGGAGGGGGCAGAUGGACUAUAGAUCUCAAUCUGCUGUCCUACCUGGAACAAGCCUCGUGGUACUAGGGAGUGGGGAAAGUGUGUGCCCCUGCGUCUAGGAGAGGAAGACUUCAGCUCUCAUGAUCAUCGUAGAAAAUCACGUGUAAUUUACAGGAAACCUUCCCAGGAGGGGGAAAACAGCCCUGAGCUAGUGAAGCAGAGACUGAUGGCAGACUUGUUGAUUUCCUGAUUUCCUGCCUUGGAGAAUGAUCAGGAAUUGCUUUUUUUUUUUAUCCCAAUUAGGCUCACAGACCCUCAGCAAGGAAUUAGAGGGCACACCCAGCUCCAUGGGAGAUGCCCCAAUAUGGCAAGUCAGACGGUCCUCCAAUCUCCCGGCUAUAUUUGGCAAACCGAUAUCGCUCCUCUGCUGUCGUGGGCCAAACACAGGCAUCCCCACAUUGCCCUUGACCCAACUAUUGGUGUCUGUUUUCUAUCCAGCUCAACUCUCUGAUAUAUUUUAAUGAUCCUAUGCCACUCCGAUAUAUUUUUGGUCAUCAUAGUGGUGGUGGCGGCAGUACCCUCCGGCUUCCAAUGACUCCAACCACCUCAUUCCUUCCAUGGUAUAUACCCUGAUGUGACCCUAACCAAAAUUCAGUCUCUCAGAGCAGACAGUUUUGCUACCUGAAUUUGUAAAGCAUUCGAAUUUUAGGGUUAGGCUAUAAAUGGAGUCACAUUUGUUUAUGAACACUCAUACACAGACAGAUACAGGGACAGUUUAUCAGUUGUCUUGUGGGCUUUCAUUGAUCCGUGUUCACUCUCUUCCUGGGGCGCUGAGCAGAAUUCUUCCCAAGUAUAAGCAAAUAAAUUUGCCCUAUAGAACGGUAUAAGGUGAGAAUUUACUAAAGUUGAAUCGAAGUACCUGUUGAAUGCUCUAAUCAAUUGAGAAAGGAAAUAGCCAUGUGAGGGAAAGGCUGUAGGGAAUAAUGAGAGGCUAGUUGGGGGGUACCUGCAAGGGCUCCCAGACACCCCCUUUGAUCUAUUCCUCCCACAUGUGGCUUAGGGAAUUAUUGGUGCUCUCAAGACCCAUAGUCCCCCAUGCCAAAAGCUGCACGUAAAGGCCAAAAAAUCUUCCUUCCCUCCCCCGAGUCCUCCUGGGUCUCCUCCUAAGAGGGUAUGCUCCAAACUCCAGUCCACAGCCACCUCCCUGACCUGGAUCAGUUGUUUUUUUGUUUUUUUUUCCCAUUCAUCCUCACUUCUUUCACUGGCUUCUGGGAUGACUCAGAACCACUCGGAGUAGGGUGGGGGGAGGGAGGCUUCCUUUCCUUUUUUCUACAGGCCUUGUCCUGCUUUUUCCCUAAGAUCUUUUCAGCUAAAUGGAAUGCCUGGCUGUCUACCACUUCUCUCAAAUCCCCAGGUUUUAUGAAAAUAGUUGGCCCAAUCUGAAAAGACUUUAAAGAAAUAUGUCCAAUAGUUAUGACUGUAGAUGUUUUCUAUCCCUCCAGUGUCGCUGAAUGUUCUGUGUGAUUCUUCUGGAAUUCUCUCUGUAAUUAGUACUUAAUCUCAAUACCCCUUUGUUAGUGCAUGCAUCUCCCUGGUGGUGGCGCUCACGGCCCCUCCUUAGCCAUUAUUACCGAAACUGCAGGUCUGUAAUUUUCAUUUUUCAAAAUCAGUCUUUUUCUGCAAACCCAACAUAUUUUUCAGUCUCAUUUUCCCUAUCUCAGCAGAUUUCUGGACCUUGACUCUCCUGCUUUGUCUUUCCUUCAACGAUCCUGAGCUUUCCACCUUCCAUAAUGGCUUGUUGGGUUGUUUCUUUGUUUCUUUGUUUUUUAAUGCAGAUUGACAGGGAACUUUUUGUUUGUUACCAGAAGGGGCAAAAGCUGUGAAGACUCUGUGUGUCAGCAGGGCUGUUAUGUAUCAGGCUUCAGAA